AUGAAAAGUGAUUUCAAGUUUAGCAAUCUUUUGGGAACCGUGUACCGACAAGGAAACAUUGUCUUUUCCCCGGACGGAACAUGUUUAUUGUCCCCGGUCGGAAACAGAGUCUCGGUUUUUGAUUUGAUUCACAAUAAGUCAUUCACAUUCAAUUACGAACACAGAAAAAACAUUUCAGCAAUUGCUUUAAACCCACAAGGAUCAUUGCUGAUGUCGAUCGACGAGGACGGUCGUGCUAUUCUCGUGAACUUCAAGGCUAGAACAGUUUUGCACCAUUUCAACUUCAAAAACAAGGUCAGGAGUAUUGAGUUUUCGCCUGACGGUACACACUUUGCUGUCGCAGCAGGAAGAUUUGUGGAAGUGUGGAAGACCCCAGAUCUAGCUGAGGAUAGGCAGUUUGCUCCCUUUGUGAGAUAUCGGGUAUAUGCUGGCCAUUAUAAUGACGUAACAGCUGUGACGUGGUCGAACGAUUCAAGAUUUAUUCUUUCUGCAAGUAAGGAUAUGACGGCUCGAAUUUUUUCAUUACAUUCAGAAGACAAAAGCGUGAAAAUGUCACUUGCAGGACAUAGAGAUUACGUUGUAAAAGCUUUUUUUGACUCCACCCAAGAAGUUAUCUAUACUGUUUCCAAAGAUGGUGCAAUUUUCAGAUGGGAAUACACCGAACGCCCAGGAGAGGAGGAGUUGCCAGAGGAAGAAAAAACUAUGAGUUGGAGAAUCAUCUCCAAGAACUUUUUUUUCUCAGACGCAUCCUUAAAAUGCUGCACCUUCCAUUCGAAGUCUAACCUAUUGAUCGUUGGGUUCGGAAAUGGUGAGUUCAGACUAUAUGAAAUGCCAUCAUUUACUUUGAUUCAGCAACUUUCUAUGGGAUCGAAUGGUGUAAGCACUAUAACUGUCAACCCCAGUGGAGAAUGGAUUGCCUUUGGCUCGCAAUCAAUGGGCCAGCUUUUAGUGUAUGAAUGGCAAUCAGAAUCAUAUAUCUUGAGACAGCAAGGUCAUUUUGAUUCAAUGAAUGCUUUGGCAUACUCUCCGGAUGGAUCAAGAAUAGUGACAGCAUCAGAAGAUGGUAAAAUAAAGAUAUGGGAUAUAGUGUCUGGAUUUUGUCUAGCCACAUUUGACGAACAUCAGUCUUCUGUCACAGGAGUAGCAUUUGCCAAGAGAGGACAAGUGAUGUUCUCAUCAUCUUUAGAUGGUACUGUUAGAGCUUGGGAUUUGAUUCGGUUUAGGAACUUCAGAACUUUUACCUCCACAAGUCGAAUUCAGUUCUCUUCUGUUGCUGUUGAUCCCAGUGGUGAAAUUGUCGCUGCAGGGUCGUUAGACAACUUCGACAUCCAAAUAUGGUCGGUUCAAACCUCGCAACUAUUGGAUCAGUUAUCAGGACAUGAAGGUCCUAUUUCGUACCUGAGUUUUGGCUCCGAAGCCAAUGCUAAAUUGGCAAGUGCCUCCUGGGAUAAAACAGUCAGAGUCUGGGAUAUAUUUGGCAGAAGCCAGGCAAGUGAACCUUUUGAUUUGACUUCUGAAUGUUUGGCAUUGUCUAUGAGACCAGACUCGAAAGAAUUUGCCGUUUCAACUAUGGACGGUAAGAUUUCAUUUUUUGAUAUUGAAAGUGGCAGAAUGAUUAGAGAAAUUGAUGGUAGGAAAGAUAUAUUACAAGGUAGAUACAAGGAAGAUGAGUUUGCGAGUGCUAAUUCAAAGCGUGGUAAGCAUUUCACAACCAUCGCUUACAGUUUUGAUGGCUUAACAUUGAUUGCUGGUGGUAACAAUAAUAGUAUAUGUAUGUACGAUUUGCCAAAUGAAGUUCUUUUGAAAAGAUUCAAAAUCUCAUUGAACAUGCAGUUGAAUGGUACCCUUGAAUAUUUGAACUCUAAAAAUAUUGUCGAUGGUAAUGCUGUUGAUCUUGUCGAUCGUUCAGGCGAGUUAUCCGAUGCCGAAGAAAAUCAUAAGGCUGAUUUGAGAUUGCCGGGGUCUCAUCGUGGUGAUGCAGGAUUGAGAUCGACCAGACCAGAAGUGCGUGUGAUGAGUGUGGGGUUUUCUCCUACGGCAAAUGCUUUUGCAGCUGCAUCAACUGAAGGUCUUCUAGUGUACUCUGUUGACGACUCAUUGCUUUUCGAUCCAAUAGAUUUAGACAUGGACGUGACACCAGAAAACACUUUGCAAUGUUUGAAUGAGGGAGAGUACUUAAAUGCAAUUGCCAUGGCUUUCAGAUUAAAUGAACAAUAUUUGAUUCACAAAGUUUACGAAGGAGUGAAUAAGGAUGAUAUCCCUCUUGUCGCAAAAGAUUUGCCAGCAAUUUAUGUUCCUAGGAUAUUAGAGUUUAUCGGAAGCAUUGCAAUGGAGAGCCAGCAUGUAGAGUUCAACUUACUCUGGAUCGAAAACUUGAUAACCGCCCACGGUAAAUUCAUAACCAAAAAUAAACAUUUGUUUGUCAAAGGAUUAAGAUCUAUUCAAAGAUUUUUAAGUAGGGUAGUUAAAGAUGUCAUUGGUUACGGUUAUAAAGUGAAUUACUUGGUUGAGUUUUUACUUGUGUCCUCUAAGACUGAAAAUAUGGUUUUGGAAGCCAACCACGAAAUCGAAGACGUUAUCAUCGAGGACAUUGAAGUUGAUGCUGCCGGAAAUCACGAGGACGAAGAAGCCGAGGAAGAAAGCGGCGAUGAAGAUGAGGAAGACAAUGACGAGGGCUGGUUCGGACCGGGAGAUGAGCAGAAGAAGUAUACCGACAACUUUUCAAAUUCGGACAGCGAUUCUGAGAGUGAGGAAGUCAUCCAAGACGAUGACUAG